AUGUCGGCAUCCGAGAGGCUCGCCCUCAUCAACGAGAACCUGGCUGAGAUCCUGAACCCCGAAAUCAUCGAGAAGAUCCUGGAGGAGGGGCGCAACCCCAAGGUCUACUGGGGAACCGCUACGACCGGUCGUCCUCACUGCGGCUACUUCGUGCCAGCCAUCAAGAUCGCACAGCUCCUUGCUGCCGGCUGCGACGUCACGAUCCUCCUCGCCGACAUCCACGGCUUCCUCGACAACCUCAAGGCGCCCCUCGAACUCGUUGCGCACCGAGCCGAGUACUACAGACUGAUCAUCAAGGCCAUUCUCGAGGCUGUCGGCGUAUCGACCGAGAAGCUGCGCUUCGUGCUGGGUAGUGACUACCAGAAGAGCCCCGAGUAUGUCAUGGACGUGUACAAGAUGUCGUCCUUGAUUUCAGAGCACGACGCCAAGCGCGCAGGUGCCGAGAUCGUCAAGCAGACCGACAACGCGCCGCUCAGUGGCCUGCUCUACCCGAUAUUGCAGGUCCUCGACGAGCAGUACCUGGACGUAGACGCCCAGUUCGGAGGACUUGACCAGCGCAAGCUGUUUAUCGCUGCUAAGGACUGGUUGCCAAAGCUAGGCUACAGAGAGCGUGCUCACAUACUGAACCCCAUGGUUCCUGGCCUUCAUGGAGGCAAGAUGAGCUCUAGUGACCAAGACAGCAAGAUUGAUCUCCUGGACCCUCCCGAGGUCGUCACGAAAAAGAUCAAGAAGGCUGUGUCCGCCCCGACGGUUGUCGAGGAGAACGGCGUCCUUGCCUUUGUGGAGUUCGUUCUGCUCCCCGCCUCGGCGCUGCGAGGCAAGCGAGAAUUCGUCGUUGAUCGCGAGCGAGACGGCCUCGAGCCCCUGGUCUACACGGAUAUCGCACAGAUGCAAGACGACUACAGGAACGACAAGCUGACGCCGCAAUUGCUGAAACCAGCUGUUGCAAAGGCGCUUAACCAGCUCCUGGCGCCCAUUCAGGAGACGUUCCAAGCCUCCAAGGAGUGGCAGGCUAUCAACCUCAAGGCUUACCCGCCGCCGCCCAAGAAGGAGAAGAAGGUCAAGGAUAAGGGGUCGCGCCACCCUGGCAAGCAAAAUCAGCAACAGCUGCCGAUCCGCGAUGGCCAGUGA